UGUUGAGAACUUAACUUGAGUCUCUCUAGCAGGCGCCAUGGAGAGUGUCGCGCGAGGACGGGAGAUAAAUUACUCAACAAGCCGUGUAGAGGGCGCUCAGUCCCGUCUAAAGAUGUGACGAAGAUGGCGGCGCAAACUUUGACAAUAGGAAUCCCUGUCACUGUGUUGUGUUUGUGUAUAGCUGGAAGUUUUUGCACAUGCCCGCCAGGAAAAUAUGGAUGGAACUGUAAUGUGGAGUGCAAGUGCAAACAGGGAACUAGUGCCAGAUGCGAUGAAAAAACAGGGACUUGUGAUGAUGGCUGUGAUGUGGAUAGAUAUGGACCACAUUGUCUGUUUGACAGGACCUGUAUAUAUGACAGUAGUGGUUUAAGAUAUACAGGCACUCUAAACACAACAAAAAAUGGGCAUACUUGUCUGCGCUGGAAUGAUUCACGUGUGCUUCCUAAGAUUGAUCCAACCACAGAAUUUCCCGAGAUGGACGUGCCAGAAAAUUAUUGUCGUAAUCCAAAGCAAAGAGGAGGAAGCCAUACUACUUGGGGUCCUUGGUGCUACAUUGCUCUUGUAACAGGCAUUGGCUUUGAAGACUGCAAUCUAAGGAGAUGUCCAUGUCCAGAUUACCUGUAUGGAGAUGGCUGCAUGAAUCAGUGCCAUUGUUACAACAGCAGUGAAAUUUGUGACCGAAGAUCAGGAGUUUGCCGGUCAGGCUGUGCUGCUGGCUGGGUGGGGAAAAGCUGUGACAAAAAAUGUGUGGAAGGAAAAUAUGGCAUUGGAUGCGCAAACAUUUGCAGCAAUUGCUUCAAUAGUUCAUGCCACCAUGAGACUGGCAAGUGCCUCUUAGGAUGCAAAAGUGGAUAUAAGGGAGAGUUUUGCAACCAAGAGUGUACUGACUACAUGUAUGGAAAAGACUGUAAUUUUCGCUGUGGCAAGUGUGCUGGAGGAAAACCAUGUGACACAAAAACAGGCGAGUGUCCGUUCGGGUGUGCUCCUGGCUACAGCUAUGAUGACAGAAUGUGCAUCACAGAAUGUCCUACAAUGCUGUAUGGCCAAGACUGCAGAAAAAGAUGUGGAUAUUGCAAAGACGGUCCCACCUGUCACCAUGAAACUGGUGUUUGUAAAACUGGCUGCAAGCUAGGUUACCAUGGGGACAUGUGUUUGUUACAAUGUAAUGAUCAUUUUUAUGGAGAAGAGUGUAGCAAUCGAUGUGGUUCGUGCAAGAAUAAUGGGACUUGUGACAAAGCAUCUGGUAACUGCUUGUAUGGCUGUUCUGAUGGGUUUAUUGGUGCUGACUGCCGCACAGCCAUUGUUCGAAGUCCUGAAAAAUCAGUGACAGCUGGUAUUGCUGCAGGAGUUGGUGCAUUUACUGGGGUGAUCAUCAUAGUUAUAAUUAUCAUUCUCAUUUUAAGGAUAAGGAGAAGGAACAAGAUGAGCGUAAGCAAAAGCUACAUGGACGAAGUAAAAGAAGAUGGUUUCAUUCAAAACGAACGUUGUGAACUGCUUGCAGAUUCACGGAUAGAAACUCUGCAAAAAGAGAUUGAGGACAACAACAAGAAUGAAGAGAUGGCCGAGCCAAUAUACGCCAAUCUGAAUGGUCGCAAGCAGUCCUCGCCUGUUAAACUGGAAGAUCUACAUGCAUAUAUUGUGAAAAACAAAGAAAACAACUGUGAUGGGUUCCGUAAAGAGUUUGAGGAACUACCCAUGGGCCUUCUUGCUUUGUGUGAAGUGGCACGUCGACCAGAAAAUAAAGCCAAAAAUCGUUAUGGGAACAUUGUAGCAUAUGACCAUUCUCGGGUUGUGCUGGAACCCUUGCUGAAUGAACCUUAUUCAGAUUACGUUAAUGCCAGUUUUAUGGAUGGUUACAACAAACCAAAAGCUUUUGUUGCUUCUCAAGGCCCCAACAAAAUGAUGAUACGGGAUUUCUGGCGAAUGGUGUGGCAGCAGCGAGUGUCCAAGAUUGUCAUGCUGACUAAUCUGGUGGAGGCUUGUAAGAAAAAAUGUGAGCAGUACUGGCCAGAUGAUGGAACCAUGAAGUACGGAGAUGUCACAGUUCGCAUUGUGGAUACAGCAAAGUAUACAGACUUCAUCAUUAGAACUUUUGAAAUAUCUAAGGAUGAUAAUAGCCGCAUUGUCAAGCAGUUUCACUUUUGCACAUGGUCUGACCAUGGUGCCCCUACCUAUCCCACUACACUGCUGGCCUUUAGACGAAAAGUGCAGAGUUUCAACCCUGAGAGUACUGCGCCUAUUCUGUGUCAUUGCAGUGCUGGGAUUGGCAGGACAGGAACCUACAUUGGACUUCAUUAUCUGUUGGACCAAGCGAUGGCCGAAGGACAGGUAGAUGUACUCCAGGCAGCACACAACAUGCGUAGCAACCGCGUCAACAUGAUCCAGACCUGUGAACAAUAUAUUUUUGUGUAUGAUGCCCUGUUGGAAGCGAUCAAAGCCAAAGACACAACCAUUCCUAAAUCAUCCUUCCGGGCAGCAUUUGAGGAAAUGAGUCAGAAUGAAAAUGGGAAUGAAACUUCUCUGGAAAAGCAGUAUGAGAUUGUGCAGCUGUUAUCCCCCACCAUUGACAGAUCCGAAUGUUCAGCAGCUCUAAUGGAGGAGAACCUGGGAAAGAAUAGAUUCAGGAAUGUAUUACCAGUGAACCGUAGCAGACCAUUUCUUUAUACUCCAGUGGAUGGCUGCAAUGAUUACAUAAAUGCUGUAUUUCUUUCAAGCUACACACAGAAAGACAGGUUUAUUGUGACACAGAUGCCUUUACCUAACACAGUGGCGGACUUUUGGAGAAUGAUUUAUGACUACAACUCUGAUGCCAUUGUCAUGCUUAAUGAGUUUGAUAGGAAUGACAAGUCCUGUGCACUGUACUGGCCAGAAGAGUAUGGCUACACAGAGGAACAUGGGCCCCUGAGUGUGGAACUGCUGUCCUCAUCUGAUGUUGACCCAGAUGUCACCCUUCGAAUUUUUAAGCUCAGUCACAUGGGCAAGGGUGAAGAACGAGCAGUCAAACAGUUUAUGUUCAAAUCAUGGCCCGACUAUAAAAUGCUGCCUAACUCUGUGACCUCGUUGCUACGGCUACAUCGCCAGGUUACUGACUGGUACAAGCAGAAUGGCAAGGGACCAGUUACCAUUCAUUGCAUGAACGGAGCUAGCAAGAGUGGCAUUUUGGUGGCUACAUCUCUGAUACUGGAAAGACUGGAGCUUGACCUUGAAGUUGAUGUCUAUCAGGCUGUGAAGCAGAUACGCAUUAAUCGCCCUCAAUUCAUUGAGAGUUUUGAGCAGUACCAGUUUCUGUAUCAAAUGGUUCUUGAAUAUCUGGACAGUCAAGAAUGACCACCGAUUUGAUGGUGCUGCAGUGCAAGCAACUAUUUUGUGCAUUUUAUCAUGAGCAGUGUUCACGAAUGAACUGUGCGUGUUACAACCCACCAUGGCCAUAGGGAUGGCACACACACAAAAAAAAUGUUGCACAGAGCAUUUAAGUGCAUUCAAGCUUCUGCUCAUGACACAAAGUUUGCCAGGUUGUGCCUCAUUAGUUUUCAUCAUGCUUGUGACUAGAUUUUUGUUGCCUGCAGGAUUCCAUUUUCUUCGUGAGAUGCAGUUUGAAAUGCUAGAGAUUGGAGAUGUUGCACGGCUGUGGUCUCCAUGGGCUUCCGUCAUUGUGAGAGGAGGAGUAGCAUGCACAGAAAUGCUUUAAAGAGAUCAAAAGAAGCAGCAACAGAAGUUUAGGGGCUUUGAAAUUUAUGAGUUGCAUAAAAAGUGUUCUGGUGUUGGUCAUUGGCUCUGAUGGCAUUAUUGAGUUGUGUUCAGUUUUGAGGUUAUUGACUUCAUUUAUAAAAACUUCAGACUGUCAUUUUCUUAAAGAUAAAACCACGCUUGAAGGGCUGUUGUCCUUUUGGAAAUGAUGUCAUGCAGGGUAAUUUUAUUUAUUCUUGGGUUUCAUGAUCAUUGAGAAUACUGUGACUAUUACCUAGCAAAGAAGCAUAAGAUCAGACAAGGAGAGCAUUGGCUGAGGGUGGCAGGGAAGGAAGCCAUAUAGUAAGCUCUGGCCAUUGUCAUCAACAUUAAUCUCAAGCCCAGAAUUUCUGUGUUGAAAAUAUGGCUCGAUCAACAAUCACCUGGAAGUUGAGCACUGUGAGCUUCUUGUAAUAAGCAAUCAGCUACAUAUAAUUUCUUGUAGAAAGGCAGAUUUGAAAACUAUUGUUGCCAGAUAAUGUUAUUUGAAGGUAGUUGAUUUAUUUCACAAUUUACCAAGUUGAGUGUUAAUAAAUAUAAUUAACAUAAAAAGGCAUUGAUGGAAAUAAUGACUGGUAGAUGAUGAUUAUGCCUUUUUAUGUAAUGUGACAUUUUAGUUCAAUUUCUUCCUCUUGAAAGUGAUGAGCUAUACUGGGCGAACACUGAAGCUUCCAGAUCAACGCGUUUUUCUGGUCUAAGGGAGGGAAUUCACAUUUGCAAAUAGUUGCAGAAAUAAUACACGACUACUACCUUUUUUUUUCCCACGAAUAAUAUGUUUUAAUAGAAUUUUUUUAAAUAUGUGUGUGAAUUUGAACAAAAAGUGGCUUCAUGUGGUAAAAACAUUUGAGCUGGAAAUUGCACAGUAUGGGUAAAGUGUUGAUCUUAUUACUGUUGUGUUUGAAUACUUUUUUACAGUUCGGCUUAACCCCCAACUAGUACUCCAUGCCUACUGUAGGAGGAACAAAAUACUUGAAAAAUUUUUUCUGUUGAGGGUUGGUAAAGAUCAAACUGUCACAAGCUGAAUUGUUGCCAAGUAGAGCAAUUGUAAAUAAACUGAAGUUUAAAAGGAUAGAAUAUGUUAAAUCAGAUUUGGUGUGUUGAGUUGGAGAUGUAUAAAAGCCAGUAUUUGUGACAAAAAUUUCAAAUUGACAAUAUUAACGAAAAAGAUUUUGCUGGAUUUAAGUCUAAAGAAGUAUGUUUGCUGAUAACAACACUGUUAAUUUUUGUUGUUUUGUUUUACUGAUUAUUCAGGUCAUUCCACAUUUUGUGCAUGUACAUUUGUUAUCUACGCUUAUGCACAGAAAAUAUUCCACAUUCUUUUUGCUGUCCGAUCAAACAGAAAAACAGAUGCCCAAUCACCACUUUAGAUGGGACAUCUCUCCACAUUGUAUUGAUCUGUUUUUUGUGCACUAUUUGUAAUUAUAACAAUGUUAAAGCAUUUUGCAAUAACAUAUACAGCUGUCGGAGCAAAGCAUUUUAUAAUUUCCACUUUGUGGUUACAAGAGACUUUCUUUUGUCGGUUCAUAAAAGAAAGCAUUACAUGGUUGGUUUACAUGAUCUGUUGUUCUUCAUCAUACCAUGUAGAUGUGAGGUUCCCAGCCUGGACAUCUUUUCCAUCAUAGCCCCUUUUACUUUGUUUUUUAUUUUUCUUGGCUGAACAAAAAGUGUUAUGCAGCAUAUAGUUGUUCACCCUAUUUUUGCUGUGGAGCAAAGAGGUGCCUUUUCAUUUUUAAAGGACUUGAACUAAAGGUGGUGAAGAAUCACAGCAUGUCAUGUUGCUUGAUAGCGUAGGUGUUUGCAAGAUCUCUUAAUUAAAGGGCCAGCCUAGUUUCGGUGCUGGGAUCUAUAUUAACCCAUGCCUGUUGAGGUUGGACCUGUUGUUUUGAUUAAUAGGAUCGGUGCAGUUGUUAAGGUUAGAGUUACAGGGAGCACGUUAGUAGUGUAGGAAGGAAACAACUACCUUGAAAACACUGCAAAGAAGAACAAGUUCUUUUUACAAAGUGAGCAAGCUGUACCUGAGUACAUUCUUGAUAAAGGCUUCCCAUCUUAGUCUCGCAUUAUAGCUAGGAUUCUCCUAACCUUAAGCUCUCAUUAUAGUUAAGAUUCUCCUAAUAUUUAUAUCUUUCUGCUGCUGCCAAAACCAACCUGAUCCUACCCUAAUUAUUCUUGUAUCUUGCCACUAGCAGUUUUCUUGGUCACUGUCAUUGCACCAAAGCAUGUAGUGAUUCGGAGUGCUGCUUGGGUUUUGUUCUCUCUUGUGAAGUAAAGUUGCUCUAAUUCACAGUGACACCCAUAUUCACAUAAGCUUGAUUCAAUAUCACACCUUGAACUGUGCAUGCAUGUGUAAGAGAUAUGAGUGAGAGAGAUUGUUAAGUACCAAAAUAUGUGCACAGAUCAUUAUUUGAAUCAUGUUUUUAUGUUCCUGUGUUUUUAAAAACUGUUGUCUCUGCCAUGGUACAGAUAUUAGUAAAAGUAUAAAUAUGUAGAUACAAAUGGUUAUAAAUAUUUAUGACUUUGUUAUUAAGAAAAUUAUUUGAUUUCAUCAGAUUUGCAAACUGUUAAGCAAGUUGCUGGCUGAUUUGCCUGACAGGUUUGUAGAUGAUGCUUCAGCACCUGGGAAAGAACAAUUUAAUUUGCAAAUGUACUAUCGUGGAUGGAAAGGCUCUGAAAGCUGUAUUAUAUGUGUGAAGCAUUUAAAGUGUUGAUUCAAAUUUAAUUUGCAAAAGUUUGCUAAAUUCCAUCAAACAGAUGCAUGCACUUGGAUGUAUAUGUGAGUAUUGUGUAUUACAUGGUGGAUUGUAUCUGCAUUAUCUUUGUAUUCUUGUAAUUAGAACAGUACCGAUGAAGUGGUGACACAGGAAAUUGUCAAACUUGUUCAUUUUGUUCAGUCUUAGAAGACAAGGUAUAGUGAAUGUAUUAUCUUUACACAGCAGUUUCUGUUAGCAUGAGAUAAUGUCAUCAGAUCCCUAAUUUUUCUCUUUACAUUUUUUAGUGGAUGCAUAAUUAUUAAAUGUUUUAUUUUCUGUUUUGGCAUUAGGAAUAAUUAGAGAUGAUUAUUAGCCACCCGGUACCUGCAUCACAUUUUACAGUAUCAAUAUUUUGCAAAAAAUUCUUGCUUUGAAAUUCUUUUCACAACAAAGAUUGGCAUAAACUUCAUAUAAUUAUAACUGCUUUAAAUUAACAGCUUAUGGGAUGCAUUGCUUUAAUCCAGAUAUAUAGUAUGUGAUUGUUGUACAUGGGACUUCAACACAAACCUGUGCAUUUGGUUGAUUGCAGGUGGCCAUAACUGAUGAAUAGGGGGUGAUGAAAAUCACCACCAUAUAUCAGAAUACCUCAAGAAGAUUACUAUCUAAAUACGUAGGCAUUGCAAGACAUGCUUCACUAAAUAAAGAACUGAAAACAGUUUUAUUGUUAGAGCUGGAAAAUGCCCCAUUUCGGAGGAUGAAGUUGUGAUAAGUGUCCGAUAAUGGAAUAAAGAACUAAACAAUGUCAAGAAGCUUUAUAUAGACAAAAACCUGAUUGCUUCAUAGAUACCUGAACAUAUCCUAGAGUAGUUGUUUGAUGUAGUAAUUUGUUAAUGGAAAGCAUUUCAAUAUACAGAUUGAAGCUGAAGCACUUGUCCCAACUUUUUCCCAUGAAGGAAAGAGGGAGGGAAGGUUGGGGGAGGUUAAAAGUUUUUUUUUUUAAGUUAAACAUGGCAUCAUGGUGCAUUUUGCUGUUACAAAAAAAUCUAAGGUUGUGAUUUUUGAUAUGAAAUAUUUUUCUUAGUAUAUAAGUAUAAUAGAAAAUGAAUGAGCAAUUUUUAUUGUUUAAAUCUAAAAUAGUUAAAGAAUCUGCAUAGGGUUGUAGCGAAGCAUAAUCUUCUUUGUUGAGGUUUGUAUCUGUUUAUUUUGCCAGUAGUUUUAGUCAUAUUUAGGGCCAUGAAGACCUGCUUGUUGUGUCCUAGGAUAUUUUGUUUUCACCACUGUUAUAUUGUGUAUUUUUAAUGAUUUUAGCAAUAUGGAUCAUCGUCCUUGCCUUGAGUUGCAUUUAACGCGUUGAUGCAUGUUUGUAGGAUUCCUAUGCUUGUGCCUUUGUAAUUACUUAAAACUCAUUUUUUUUUUAGGCUUCUUUGCUGUAUUGCUUUGCAAGUCUUGUAAUAAUCCAGGUCCUGGAAUACGAACAGUUUACAUUGAUUCUUUCUACAAAGAAAUGCUUCAACUCUUGUAAUGAUUUAGAUAAACACUGCAAAAUACGAACUCCUUCCCGCACAAAAAUUUACAAAUAACACAAAAAAAAUCAACCUCAAAACAAAAUGGCAGUGUACUGUGUAAAAUUGCAGAACCAUUCAUGGGUCUUUGGUACCCUGGUCAGUGAGGCAUUUUUUUCCUCCAAAAAUAUUGUAUGCUUACAUUUUAGCACAAAUGAUUUAUGUAAAUAAUGUUUAUAACAAAAAAAACUGACCUCUUAUUGAUUGGUUUAAAAGAACACAAAAAAAUAUACAGAAGACAUCCAACUUACAAUCCUUGAAAAGCUCAGCAUUGAGCCUGUGUACUUAAUAGUCAUUUAGAAAGUUCAUUUAAACUACUUUUUAGCAAAAUUUAACAAUGUUUACAAUAUCUAAUCCUAAAUGCAGAAGCUGGUGACAAUUGUGACCUAAUCGUACAUGAUGGAUUUUAAGGCUUUUUUUUUUUUUUUUUGGAAGCUGUAAUCAAAGAUUUUUUUUAAUAACAGUAAAACAGCCUUUGAUUCCCAGCAGAACACUGUCAUUGUAGUUCCUUGAACCCACCUUAAGAAAGUUCUGCACUUUACAGUUGCAGUUUGUCACUCAGUAAACAUUCCAUCUUUUGUUUUCUUUCUUCACCCACCUUGAGAGCUGCGAAGCUUGUUUUAUUUAUGUACAGUAUUCUUCAGUUUUGGAGAGGGCCUUGAAACAAGGGCACAUGAUAGGAUUUGUGACUAUGCUUUGUGUGGCUUUGCUUUUUUUUUUUCAGAAUUCUAUGCCUUUCUCCAAAUGUCUCUUAUUUUACCAAUGUGCUUAUGAGACAUUCGUCAUGAUCAUAGUGAUGCGGAUAAAACUAAAAUUUACAAAUAUUUUUGGUUGUAAGAGCACUAGCUGUAUGGUCAGUUUUUAGGCUUAGGUAUUGGUUUGUGUGCAGAAGCAACAAAAUGCUAGCUCCAGUGGAUGUCAGCUAUGCCAGGGGAGAUGGCAUAUGGCGAUCAUUAAUGUGCACUUGGUCAUUUGAUACAGAAUAUUUGCAUAGUUUUUACAUAUUCUUGUCCUAUUUAUGGGAGCUGAUAGGCUGUGGAUAUCAUCCAUACAACUGCAUUGUGAUAAAGGUGUGAUUAGUGUGGACUAGAUGUUGAACAGAUUUACUGUGAAGCUCUAGCUUAAUUGCAUGCACUCUUUUCAUAUAUUUUUAAUUUCACUGCAUUUGUGCCAUUAUUUUAUGACUUUGGUGUCUUUUUUUUUCAUUUCAUUCCAAUUUUAGUAACAUGGAGCUUACCAUUCCUCAUUGUUAGUUCUUUUACAAGCUUUUUUUUUAAGCAUGUACAUGUGAUGCUGUAAAAGCAGCUGUCAGUGGACUUUUUCCCAUUUUAUUCCCUGCACAUAUUUGCUAUGAAUUGCUUGAUAAAAGCUCUCACCAUAAAAUGCAUCAUGCUUGUAGUCUAAAAAUUCCAUUAUAAUUUCCAAGUUCAGAUAUUAUUUUAUGGCUGCUUUGACAAGUUAGUUUGGUUUACAGCAAACAAAUGGCCAUUAUUGUGAAACAAGGGUGAAGUCAUAUUUGCAAUAUUCAGUAUUUUCCUAUUAGGAUUAUACCAAGCACAGCUUUUUCUGUUCAAUUAAAUUGUGCUUGUAAGGGAAA